AUGGGACUCAGCUGCUUCAAGUCCUGGAAACAUGACAGUACCGGCCGCAAAGGUAACAGAGACGUGUUGGCCAGUCCAGGUUCGUACUUCUUCUUGUCCAACAGUGCAGGUCAGGGUGACGAGUGGCUGAAGAGCCUCAACAAGGGAGUCUGGAUCCCUUUCACAGGGGUCUUCGGUCAGCGCCUGGAGGAGACGGUGCUCUAUGAGCGACGCUAUGGGCUGCGUUUGGUUCCUCUGGUGGUGGAGCAGUGUGUGAACUUCAUCCGGGAGCGAGGCCUGCAGGAGGUGGGCUUGUUUCGCCAGCCAGGACAGGCCAGUCUGGUGAAAGAGCUGCAGGAGGCGUUCGAUGCCGGGGAGAGACCGUCGCUCGACAGUAGCACAGACGUCCACACGGUGGCGUCUCUGCUGAAGCUCUACCUCAGACAGCUGCCGGAGCCUCUGGUUCCUUACGGCUGCUACCAGGACUUUCUGUUAUGUGGACAGACGCUGAAGAGUGACCACACACAGGGUUUGGGGGAGCUGCGGAGUCUUCUUCACGAUUUGCCAGUUGCAAACUUUAACCUGCUCAACUUCAUCUGCCAGUUUCUGAAUGAAGUGCAGAGUUUCUCUGGCAGCAACAAGAUGAGCGACCAAAACUUAGCCACAGUGUUUGGGCCAAACAUCCUCCGAGGCAAAGCUGAAGACCCACAAAGCAUCAUGGGAGGUGCAGCGUUAGUCCAAGUGCUGAUGUUGGAGCUCAUCAGAGAGCACGAGUCUCUGUUUGCCAAAGUGUCCCCCCCCCUUUCCUCGUAUACACCUGGAGGUUCGCAUGCAUCGCCCAGUGCUCUGAGGCACCCUCGUCUUCGCCAGCUGUCCAUGCCUCUCAUUGCAGGACAGUCCACCAGCGACGCACAGAACCACAGCUGUAUCUAUGGUGCUGCCGCCCACCCAGACUCGUCCUGGGCCCAGAAGAGACUCCUCGGCCAUCGCUACACCUCCUCCCACCCAGAGAACUGCUUCUACCCCCUGCCCUCCUCCAGUCAGCCCCCACAGCACCAACCUGACAGAACCGUAUAUCACCAGGAUCAUGCUGGUGAAGGAUCAUUCUCCUCAAAUGUACAAGCUUCUGCAACCAGCCUCCAACUACAAGCCCCUCUGCCAGACAGCUCCAAGCCCAGACUGGUGCUGGUGGACUGGACAAAGCCGUGGCCUGGUCCGGCAGAGGCAGAUUUCUGGAGCUCUGGUGCUGCAGACAGAGAAGGUGCAGUGCAAGAUGCAGCGAGUGGGGGGAGCAGUGAGGCGCAGGAGGACAGCACCACCUCUGCCUACGACAACCUGGACAGAGUGUCUUCACACCAAAGGCUGGAGGACGUCACUGGUGAACAUUUAGAAACAAAUGAUCCAGGAGACGCUGUUGGAACUUGUGAAGAGAAGGAAGAGCCAGAGGAAGCUGGGCAGAGAAGGGACUCCUCGUCAUGCUCCUCCUGCGAGGUUCUGCCAUUGGACGAGAGCACCGGCGCUGUGGAGGCUGUUAACACCGACAUUUCACCAAAGAAACCUGAGAGCUUAUCACCAAAUCAGGCAGCAGAAGAGGAAAACAGUGAUCAUGGUGAUCAUGAAGACAUCAACAAUAACAAUGAUGAAGAUAAUGACGACGAUGAUGAUGAGAGCGUCCACCAUCUUAACUCCCCAGCCUCUGCACUCAGUGUCAGCCUCAUCAGCACAGGCAGCUCUGAGGUGUUCCUCCCCUCCGGUCCUCCAUACGUCCAGGGGCCUGUAGAUCCACCGCAGCCCUGGGAGGCUCACUCGGCCCUGGGCAAGCUGCAGCAGCAGAUGGCCCAGCAGAAGGCCGAGUACCAGGCCAGGAUACAGAGGUUGGCGCGCUGUAAUGACGUCCUUGAGCGGCAGGUGGCGGUACUCCGGGUCAGUCUGCAGCAGCAGAAGCGAAGCCAAAGCGUCACCGAGAUCAAGAUACGCAACGUGGAGCGAGCCAAGGCCGACGCAGACCGACGAAACAACACAAUGCAGAGAGAGAUGGAGCAGUUCUUCCAGAUGUAUGGAGAGAGCCGAAGAAGAGGAGGAGGAGAGGAAGGGAGAGGAGGGGGGAGUCUCUAAAAAGAAAAGAGAGAAAUGAUUUCACAUGUUUGGAAUAGUCAGAGGAAGAUAGACAGGAAGGGAGAGAAGAAGAGGAUGUCGGCAGAAGAUCCAACUUCACGUUGAACAUUAAGGCUUCAAAUCCUGAAGGAAAACAGUAAUACAAGCUGUGAUCCAUGAGACAGUCUGAAGAAAUGAGACGGCAGUUGGAGACGUUGUCUUCCUUGUCUGGAUUUCUCCACUUGCAGGCUGAUGGAUUAGUUGAGUGCAGAAACUGAUGAACUCUGCAAAUUCUCAAAAUUCUUUAUGCAAACUGCGUCUUUCAAGGACCUGAGGGGAGAAAUUCUUCAACAUGAGCCUUUGAGAUGAGAAACCACAUUAUUCCAACUGAAUUCAUUCCUGAACAACUGGUGGAAACUGAAAGUGAGACCAGUCUAUAAGACCGUCAGGAUGUCAGGGCUGCUACAGCCCACACUACAACACUUUAUCGUACCUGUUGACAGAGGGGAUCACUACCUGGAGAGAUCUGACUGGAAUGCAGGUCAGAAGCAGAGGGUUCGGUCCAGAGGUCCAGAUCCGAGUCGGUCCACUUCCUCCCUCACUCCCUGUUUUCUGCUCACACUCAGAAUUGUCUCCAAGGUUCUCAGACAACGAGCGUGUCCUGUUUUCUCGGCUACAACACAAUCAAACAUCUGAUGUUUACUGUCUCAGUGUCCAGAGCAUUUCAAGAAGAAAGGACAAGAUGAAUCUCAGAACUAUGGUGAAAAAACAAUGAAUUCAUUUCUGACAAAAAGGGUUUCGGACCCAGUUCUAAAAGAUAUGAGGGGCAGCGAACUCAUAGUGAAGUAGUGUAGUCUGAAGAGGGAGAACUAGAGAAAACUGGGAUCUUCCAGAGAGGUCGAUGAGAUCAAACAUCAAAUGAGUUGGUAUUUAAAGAUUUCUGAGUGAUUUCCCACAGGCUUCUUUUGCUAUGAUAAUAAUAAUAAUAA